UUCAAACUAAAAUCUAUAUGUUUAGUCAGUCCGACCGACCAGCUUUAUUUUCCUAAAGUAAAACCUGUCACAAAAAUUAAGGCAAAUAUAGGAAGAAAGGGGAAGGGAAGCCCCUGCUGGUUAUAUAUCCUCCAUACAGACCACUGUCUCUUCCCACCAGCUGGUAUUGGAAUUGAGAAGAGAACAACAACAUGAAGAUCUUCUUUCUCUUCUUCUUCCUGUCUCUCUCAUCUUCCAAUGUGGUGCAAGUUUAUUCUACAGGCACAGGGAAGAAGAGCAAGGAGAACCCAUUUACAGCGAGAGCCUCCCUGAUUCGUUACUGGAACAAGCAGAUUUCCAAUAAUCUUCCAAAGCCGCCAUUUCUUAUCUCCAAAGCUUCUCCAUUGAACGCCAUUGACUUGGCGAAGCUCACCAAACUCGCCUCUCAAAAGUCUUUAUCUUCCAACAUUGAAUCUUUUUGUUCAUUAGCCAAUCUUUUCUGUUUACUUGAGGAUUCUUCGGAACCUGACGCUGUCGGCAAGCGUGACCAGAAUGCAAACUUCGCUGUCUAUUCCAGCAAAAGCUUUGCAGGUUAUGGCACGUCAAGACUCGGAGGGGUUGACUCUUUUAAGAACUACUCGGAUGGCUUAAAUACUCCCAACGAAUCGUUCAAGAAAUACAGCAGGGGCUCAAACGGCCACAGAGAAGAGUUCACAAGCUAUGCCAAGGACGCCAAUGUUGCUACUGACAACUUCACCAAUUAUGGCACCAGCGCCACGGGCGGCUCUGGCGGGUUCAAUAACUACCAGGAACGAGUUAACGUGCCAAACCUCCAAUUCACCACGUAUGACUCUGAUGGCAACAACCAUAAGCUCUCUUUCACAAGCUAUAGCAGCGAGACAAACUCAGGGUCGGAAUCAUUCGCUAGCUAUGGCAAGAACGGCAAUGCAGUUCCAGCUGAGUUCACUAGCUAUGGUGAUAAUGCAAACACCAUCGGGUCGAGUUUUACAGGGUAUGGGGAGUUGGGGAACGCACCAAACAACUCGUUUAAAGCCUACGGUGACUCAGGUAACAAUCCCCACAACAACUUUAAAAGCUAUGAUUUGGCUGCCAACGCGGGGACCAAUAGCUUCAGUAGCUACCGAGAUUCUGCCAAUGUUGGAGAUGAUUCUUUUCAAUCUUACGCAAGGAAGUCAAAUUCCGGGAAAGUGAAUUUUGCAAAUUAUGGGAAAUCAUUCAAUGUUGGAAACGAUACAUUCAAAGAGUAUGGGAAAGGUUCCACCGGUUCAACCUCGAUCGGGUUCAAAAUUUAUGGUUUGGACCGUUCGUUCAAAGAUUAUGCCCAAAAGGGUGUCACGUUCGCUGGGUACACGAACCCAAGCUCUAGAGAAAUAGCUUCUUCACGUAGUAGUGGCGUUUCUGUAAAUAGAUGGGUUGAGCCGGGUAAAUUCUUCAGGGAGUCCAUGUUGAAGCAGGGGAAUGUCAUGGUGAUGCCCGACAUCAGAGAUAAAAUGCCCAAAAGGUCGUUUUUGCCCCGCGGGAUUUUGUCAAAAUUACCAUUUUCAACCUCCGAAUUGCCCAGCCUCAGGGAAAUCUUUAGAGCACCGGAGAAUUCAACCAUGGAGCGCGUGCUUAUCAACGCGCUGGCGGAAUGCGAGAGGCCCCCGAGCAAAGGUGAGACCAAGCGGUGCGUUGGGUCGGUGGAGGACAUGAUUGACUUCGCCACAGUGGUCUUAGGCCACAAUGUUGCGGUCAGAACAACAAAAAAUGUGGAGGGGUCAAAGCAAGAGAUCAUGUUAGGAAAAAUCAAAGGAAUCAACGGUGGGAAGGUGACGAAAUCAGUGUCCUGCCAUCAGAGUUUGUACCCGUACCUAGUCUAUUAUUGCCACUCAGUGCCCGAAGUCAGGGUUUAUGACGCUGAAAUUCUUGAUGUCAAAAGCAAAGACAAGAUUAAUUAUGGUGUUGCCGUUUGUCAUCUUGACACUUCAGCUUGGAGCCCUAGCCAUGGGGCCUUUGUGGCACUGGGGUCAAGCCCUGGGCGGAUUGAAGUCUGCCAUUGGAUCUUUCAGAAUGACAUGACUUGGACAAUAGCUAAUUGAAAGACAAAAUUUCUUGGUUUUGAUCAUUGGUGGGAAUACCAUUUAAAUGCAUUUUUCUCCCUUCUAAUAUAUAUGUACUGUUAUAAUCUAUGAAGUUCUUGGUUGGUUCAGUCAAUGAAGUUAUCACACCAAACCUCAAAUCAAAGCAUAAAAGCCUAACUACUACCAUAAAGUGCAGUUAUUUACGCUUUCUCAUCACUGCCUAUGGACCUCGAGUGAUGGCAACAGGAAACAGAGCUAUUAUUUCCCAGAUACCUAUAUUUAUGACAUUUGUCUCUCUCUGAUGGUAAGAGUAAAUAACAUUUGGUGUAUAUUGUUAUAAUUUAAGGAAUGAUCUUGCUAAA